GAUGAGCAGGCUUCGCCUGAGAAUGAUACCGCAGAGCCCACCAAGGAGGAGAAGGAAAGUUGUGAAUCUUUGGCGGUAAAGGAGCCACCAGGGAUCCAUCGGAACCUCACGUACAGGAAAGUACUUUCAAGAUUUCACCUGACGGUGGCCUAGCUCUCGAGGCGGAAAUGGGCGAAGUGCAGACGGAAAAGCCAACUUUAAGUGAUGUAGUAAAUGUCAUGGAGCGGGUGUUGGGUGUUCUCCAGGACUCGACAAUUGCCUUGAAAGGUGGUAAGGAUGACCGCUCUCGUUUCUGGGGAGUAUACAAAAGAAUCGCGGAGGAACACGACAGCGAAUUCCUUGAGCGAUACAACGGCGACAUGGAUAUCGUGUUGGUCUUCUCCGGUCUUUUCUCUGCUGUCAGCACGUCUUUUAUCGUAGCCAUGGAGUAUAAGCUCAGUCCUGACCCUACCGACACCACCAAUGCCCUUCUCACGCAGCUCGUCCAAAUCGGACUUGGCAACAUCGCUGCAGCGGGCUCUACCCCCGCAACGCCAGCAUCUACGUUUUCGCUGGCACUCUCGGAUAUAAGAAUCCAAAUGAUCGCAUAUGCAAGCUUGUGCAUGAGUUUACUUGCUGCGUUCGGGGCCGUACUAGGCAAACAGUGGCUCGGGUACUACAAGUCGAACAGAUAUGGCCGCGGGUUGCAGGAGGAAUGAGGGAAGCGCAGACAAGAAAAAUUUGACGGCAUCAUCACAUGGUACUUUGAUGCUGUCGUGCAAUCGUUUCCGAUCCUACUUCAGAUCUCCCUUCUUCUCUUU